GCGCAGUUGCCAUGCGCUGAGGUCGUGCUGCAUCUGGUUGCCCGUCGCCGAUCGGCCUGUGGAUUGUGAGUGAAUUUCCCAUCAUGGAUACAGAUUUGUAUGAUGAAUUUGGUAACUAUAUUGGUCCAGAGUUGGAUUCUGAUGAAGAAGAUGGCAUAAGCAGAGAUGAAGAUCUGGAUGAGGAGGAUGAGGAAGAUGAAGAAGCUGGAGAUCAGGAUGAAGAUCACGUUGGAAUGGAAGUGGUGCUGCAUGAGGAUAAAAAGUAUUACCCCACUGCAGAGGAGGUAUAUGGACCUGAGGUAGAGACAAUUGUUCAAGAGGAAGAUACUCAGCCACUUACUGAACCCAUUAUUAAACCUGUCAAGAAAAAGAAGUUUACACUGAUGGAGCAGGAGUUACCAGAAACAGUGUAUGAUAUGGAGUUCCUUGCAGAUUUGAUGGAUAAUUCUGAGCUCAUUCGGAAUAUUACUCUUUGUGGGCACUUGCAUCAUGGAAAGACAAACUUUGUUGAUUGCUUGAUUGAACAGACUCAUCCAGAGAUUCGUAAAAAGGAUGAUCGUGAUCUUCGAUACACUGAUAUUCUCUUUACAGAACAGGAGAGAGGAGUGGGCAUAAAAAGUACACCUGUCACAAUGGUACUUCCAGAUUCCAAAGGCAAAUCCUAUCUUUUCAACAUCAUAGAUACGCCAGGGCAUGUAAACUUCUCUGAUGAGGUUACAGCUGGUUUCAGAAUCUCAGAUGGCAUGGUACUCUUCAUUGAUGCAGCGGAGGGGGUAAUGUUGAACACUGAGAGACUAAUCAAACAUGCCGUACAGGAGAAACUGGCUGUUACUGUUUGCAUCAAUAAAAUAGACAGACUUAUCCUGGAGCUAAAGCUGCCUCCAACUGAUGCAUAUUAUAAAUUACGACACAUUGUGGAUGAAGUCAAUGGUUUGCUUAGUGUCUAUUCAACAGAUGAAAACCUCAUUGUUUCACCUCUUCUGGGUAAUGUUUGCUUUGCGAGUUCUCAGUACAGUAUUUGCUUUACUUUGGGAUCCUUUGCCAAGAUCUAUUCUGAUACAUAUGGGGACAUUAAUUACACGGAGUUUGCAAAGCGUCUUUGGGGUGACAUUUACUUCAAUCCAAAAACACGCAAGUUUACAAAGAAGGCCCCAACAAGUAACUCUCAGAGAAGCUUUGUAGAAUUUAUUUUGGAACCUGUUUAUAAAAUUCUUUCUCAGGUUGUUGGUGAUGUGGAUACUACUUUGCCACGUACAUUAGAUGAGCUCGGUAUUCACUUAACAAAGGAGGAGUUAAAACUUAAUAUCAGGCCCUUGCUUCGACUGGUCUGCAAGAAGUUCUUUGGUGACUUUACAGGUUUGGUGGAUAUGUGUGUACAGCAUAUUCCAUCACCUCAGUCGGGUGCAAGGAAUAAGAUCGAACAUACUUACACAGGCAACCUGGAUUUGGAUCUUGGUGAAACAAUGAUAGAAUGUGAUCCCGAUGGGCCUUUGAUGUGCCACACAACUAAAAUGUAUAGUACGGAGGAUGGUGUCCAGUUCCAUGCAUUUGGCAGGGUGUUAAGUGGAACUAUUCAUGCAGGGCAGCCAGUGAAAGUACUUGGAGAGAACUACACAUUGGAAGAUGAAGAAGAUUCACAAAUCUGCACCGUGGGACGGCUCUGGAUUUCAGUUGCAAGGUAUCACAUAGAGGUUAACAGAGUUCCAGCUGGUAACUGGGUGCUCAUAGAAGGAGUCGACCAACCUAUUGUAAAGACAGCUACUAUAACGGAACCAAGAGGAAACGAUGAGGCUCAGAUUUUCAGGCCUCUCAAGUUUAAUACAGCAUCUGUCAUUAAAAUAGCUGUGGAACCUGUCAAUCCAUCUGAGCUUCCAAAAAUGUUGGAUGGCUUAAGGAAAGUCAACAAAAGCUACCCAUCACUAACUACUAAGGUAGAGGAGUCUGGGGAGCAUGUAAUAUUGGGAACUGGAGAACUCUACCUGGACUGCGUAAUGCAUGACCUCAGGAAGAUGUAUUCUGAAAUUGAUAUAAAGGUGGCUGAUCCUGUUGUAACAUUCUGUGAAACGGUUGUGGAAACCUCAUCUCUGAAAUGUUUUGCAGAGACACCCAAUAAAAAGAAUAAGAUUACAAUGAUUGCAGAACCUUUGGAGAAAGGCUUGGCAGAAGACAUAGAGAAUGAAGUGGUCCAAAUCACCUGGAACAGGAAAAAGCUGGGUGAAUUUUUCCAGACCAAAUAUGAUUGGGAUUUGUUGGCUGCCCGUUCCAUUUGGGCUUUUGGACCUGAUACUACAGGACCCAACAUUUUGGUUGAUGAUACUCUUCCAUCUGAGGUGGAUAAAGCACUUUUGGGUUAUGUGAAGGACAGUAUUGUCCAGGGAUUCCAGUGGGGAACGCGAGAAGGACCACUUUGUGAUGAACCAAUUCGUAAUGUGAAGUUCAAGAUUCUCGAUGCAGUGAUAGCACAGGAGCCAUUGCACAGGGGUGGCGGACAAAUUAUUCCCACAGCCAGACGAGUAGUCUAUUCAGCUUUCUUGAUGGCCACUCCUCGUCUGAUGGAACCAUAUUACUUUGUGGAAGUGCAAGCACCGGCAGACUGUGUUUCAGCCGUGUAUACUGUCUUAGCCAGGAGGAGAGGCCACGUGACACAGGAUGCACCAAUCCCAGGUUCUCCACUUUAUACAAUUAAAGCGUUUGUUCCAGCUAUUGAUUCGUUUGGUUUUGAGACUGACUUGCGGACACACACUCAAGGGCAGGCUUUCUCCCUCUCAGUCUUUCAUCAUUGGCAGAUUGUGCCAGGUGAUCCCUUGGACAAGAGCAUCAUUAUCAGACCCUUGGAGCCACAACCUGCACCUCACCUGGCCAGAGAGUUCAUGAUCAAAACCAGGAGGAGAAAGGGCCUCAGUGAAGAUGUUAGUAUCAGCAAGUUUUUCGACGAUCCUAUGUUGCUGGAACUUGCAAAACAAGAUGUAGUUCUUAAUUAUCCAUUGUAACUGAAGCAACAAUAUAGGAGCUAGAGCCAACUCUUUGCAUCUUGUGGCAGGAUUUUUGUAUGUUAGUGUUAGGCAAAAUAAGACUGAUGGCAAGGAAUACCAUAGAAAUAUGGAUUGAAUAACCUAGAGUGAGCUGACUUGAAUGUUGUAUUUUGUAUUGUACGUAGAAUGUUUCUAAAAUAAAACAGCUAAAUUUUCA